GCAUGACUUGCUUCAUGAUGAACCCCGAGAGAGCCUCCGCGGUUGCCUUCGUCGACACUAUGUCCUUCAUGAAGGCGAGGAUUCUGGCCGGAAAGGGAAGCCCCGAGAUGAAUCCCAUGGGCUUCUUGUACCCGCUCAGCCCCACGCUUUGGGCGGUCCUGUUUGCCACGCUCCUCGCUGUGUGGGCGGCGACGCUUGUGCUGAGGAGCCCCGCCAGAGGCUCGAGGUGGUACGGCAGGGCUCUACAUCUGCUCUACAGCCACUUCAGUACACUCCUGCAGCAAGACGUGGGCAUCAGUUUCGUCCGUGCAGUGGAUCGGUUUGUUGUUGGUAGUUGGAUGCUGGUUGCCAUGGUGAUCAUUUGGGCUUAUGGUUGCAACCUGGUGUCUCUUCUGGCUGCCAGAAAUAUCCCUCAGUCUAUCCAGAAUCUACAAGACCUCGUGGACACGGAUAUCCAGGUUCUGCUGAGGCCUAAUACUGCUCUCUCUGCCUAUUUGGAACAACGCGCUGAAUUCGGCGCCUUUGAGGACCGCGUAGUUCAUAUCGGCUUCUCCGACUACGUGCCCACGCUUGAGGACAUACGUCGGGGCACCCACGUGCACAUCACGGUGGAGAUGUUGUGCAGUGAGCUGAUGUCUCAAGAUUUCUCGAAGUCUGGCCGUUGUGACUUUUACCAGAGUCGAGACGCCUUCAUGGCCAAUCCUAUGAGCAUGAUUGUGCAGCGCGGGAGUCCGCUUUUGCCUGCCAUCAACCACAGAAUUCGCAGAGUGUUGUCUGCUGGUCUCUUCGACUACUGGGUAAGCAACACCAUCCCCAACGUCACGAGGUGUAGCCACUCCCCGUCUACCAUCACAGUGAUGGAACCUCUCACUAUCACCGCUGUAUCGGGGAUGUUCGCAGUCUGGGCCAGCGGACUGGUGCUGUCGCUCAUCGCCUUCUGCAUGGAAAUCCUCGUGGCUAACGCCCUUUCACGCCCAUAGGCGGACUAAGAGUAAUUAUCUAUGUCACCCAGUCUUAUACCAUAAGGACAAUGAAACCGCAUGAAACAUUAUAUUAGGUAUCAGUAAGAUGUAGGAAACCGAUCAUUCAUAUAUCUGCUAAUUAUUUUACCUAUAUAAUCUAGUUUGUGAGAGAAGCCGUGCAUGUCAGCCACCAAGAAGUGAAUCUAAUUUGACUGAUUUUAUGGACAUUAUAAGCUAGAUCUAUUUCACACCAUAUUUACUCACCAAAAUCUCUUGUUCUGAACUGAAUACGUAUUCACAUUACUCAA